AUGAGGCCCGCCACGGCGCAGAUCGAUCCGUCCCCGUCCCCGUCCCCCGCCGCGCUGGCCAAGUCGCGCCUCAAGCGCCUCUUCGAGCGCCAGGUGCUGCGGGUCUCGCCGGCGGAGCGGCUCCCGCCCGUCUCCGCCGGCGGGGACAAGGACAGGGAGAAGGAUGACUUGGAGCCCAGCUCCGUGUGCCUGGACGGCAUGGUCCGCAGCUUCCUGGAGGACGGCGGCGGCGCCGUCGGCGAGCGGGCCCCGGCCGCGCGCUGCUGCAACUGCUUCAACGGCGGCGACGCCUCCGACGACGAGGACGGGCCCGCCGCGGCCGAGGCGUCUGCCAUCUCCGACGCCGCGGAGACCAUCAAGGUAGGCCUCGUCCACUGCGCCAGUCUCCGGGAGCGCAACCUGCUCGCCGACGUGUCCACGCUCGUGGAGCGCCACCGCGCGGCGGGGGCGCGCAAGCGCGACCUCCUCCGCCUCCUCGCGGCGUCCCUCCGCGCCAUGGGCCACGACGCCGCGCUCUGCCUCUCCCGCUGGGACAAGUCGUCGUCCCACCCCGCCGGCGAGCACGCCUACGUGGACGUCCUCCUCCCCGCCGGCUCGGAGCGCGGCGACCGCGAGCGCGUGCUGGUGGACGUCGACUUCAGGUCCCAGUUCGAGGUGGCACGGCCCACCAAGGCCUACCGCGCCGUGCUGCAGCGGCUCCCGUCGGCGUUCGUCGGCAAGGAGGACCGGCUGCGCCUGCUGGUGGCCGCCGCCGCAGACUCCUCGCGCGCCAGCCUCAAGAAGCGCGGCCUCCAUCUUCCACCGUGGCGGAAGCCCGAGUACAUGCGCGCCAAGUGGCUGUCCCCCUACGAGCGCGAGGCGCCUCCUCCGGCGCCGGACGGCCCCGCCAGUGCCAGUGCCAGUGAGCUCGCCGACACCGGCGAGGGAGGCGAAGACGGAGCCAAAGCUUGA